GGCGCCUCCUCGCCGGGGCUGGAGCCAGGCCGGGGGAGGGCUCCGGGCGCUAUGGGUACUUGAAGCGCCCGCCUGCGCCGCCCCGGCUCAUUUCUCCAAGGCUGGCCCCAAGGAUGCGGCGGCUGGCGGCUUCCCUCCUCCUCUUCCUCCUCCCGCUGGUGCUCCCUUCGCCCUCCUGGGCUCGGGGGGCGGGAGGCGGCGACGGGGGCCCUUCGCCGCCCAAACUGAUUUGGCAGGACCACCAGCGGCGGCUGCUGUCGCCCCGCGGCGCGCGCGACCCCUCGACCCUGCAGCUGGCGCGGGUCGCCCAGACGGCCGUCUACUCUUUCAAUUACCGCCUCGGGUCGCCCAGCUCGCUCCGGGCGCCGGGGCAGGUUAAGAAGGCUUCGGUCAAGACUAUUCCAGGAGUUGGGCGAAAAUAUUUCCUUCAGUUUUCUACAAAAGACCUUCAGACAGGGCAAAACCUAGGGACAUGCCUUGCAUCUGUGUUCUACAUGAAGAAUAAACCCAAGCCAACGGUUGAUAUCAACUGUAUACGCAACAAAGACCACGAUCAACGUCUCCAGGAAGACUAUGGCUUAUACUUAAGCAUGAAAGGUAUCAGUGAGCCCUCCCUCAACCUCGUGUCAGCUUUGGCUUCUCUUGGCAGCAGUUACAUCGCAUGGGAGAAGUCAACUGAAGACACAACUUACUUCUUGACACAAGUAAAGGAUGCGAAGUAUUCUUGGGGAAGAGCUGAUGAGUCACUUGAAUUUAAUUUUUCUGUCCUGCUUGGUAGCAGUCUUUCAGAGUCUCUUGCCUGCCAUAUGCGUGUUACCUGGAAGCUUGAGCAGCCUUUGAAAGUGAAGUAUGACUGCUCCACCGAGGAAGAGUCUUCAGAGUCUGCAGAUGGAUCCGGAGGAGAAUUGGGAUCUACAAGUGGCUUUUUUAUUGAUCCAGAAAAUAAUUUUUAAGUGAAGACAAUGCUUGUGUUUAUAAUGGUGUAAACAUUUUUACAAAGGUGUAGAGCACCUACUCUUAAUAUUCCCAAAUCAGUAUUGCGAUUUUUCUUCUAUAUAAAUCUUUGUGGCACAAGGGGAAACCUUCCACUAUCCACUUCUGAGCCUCCUUAAAUACCUUUUUUUUUGGGGGGGGAUUCCAUAAAAGGAAAAAUUCUUUUUUUGUAUCUUCCUAGAACUUUUCUUCUUAUUCUUUUUCCAUCCUUUCUGUCCCCUCUCCCCUUUUAGAGAUUGUUUUUAAUAUAUCUUAUGAACUACUGAUUUGUCACUAAGUUUCUAGGAGCGCUGUAGAGAACUGGGUAGAAGGUAAAUU